UGCGUCGGCACUUCUUCGAGCCGCCGUACUCGCGGUCCGUACCGCUGGAGAGCCAAGUGGAGAUGCGCUGCCUGCCGCCGGAGGGACAACCUCCGCCGUCCACCCUCUGGCUCAAGAAUGACAAGCCCAUCGACUUCAACCUCGAGUCCAACUACAGGGUGUCGUCUGAGGGCUCCCUGCUGCUGCUCUCGGCAGGCCUCGCCGACACCGCCAACUUCUCCUGUGUCGCUGAGAACGUCGCCGCCAAGCGCGUGUCGCCUCCAGCCGCACUCAAGGUCUAUGUGGACGGGUCGUGGUCGUCGUGGUCUGCGUGGUCUGAGUGCAGUGCAGACUGUGGUCUGGGGUCCCAGAAGCGCACUAGGACUUGCACGGCCCCACCACCAGGACACGGCGGGGCCUCCUGUCAGGGCAGCGCCUUCGAGAGGUCUGACUGCACCUCUACAAACUGCCCGCCUGUGGACGGCGCGUGGUCCGCGUGGGGCGAGUGGUCCACAUGUGGUCCCGACUGCACCCAGCGCAGCUCCCGCGCGUGUGACGCCCCCGCCCCCCUCUUUGGGGGACGCGUGUGCGUGGGGGACGACACGGUCACGCGCAACUGCACUGGCGGCAUGUGCAUGAGCACUAAUAGAAUCUACGACAGCGAAUCAACUCAAGAAGCUCGGGAGAAGGCUCUGCAGCAGGACAUCACUCUGAUCGUGGUGCUGGCAGUGCUAGUGCCGCUGGUGCUGGUCCUUACCUUCUUCCUCUUCAGGAAGUUUGCUUCCAAGUCCCGGCCAAACGGCGUACUUUACGAGGUGGCUUCCACAGAAUACUCGUUACCGUUUUAUACGGAUACAAAUUCGAAGAAUACCGUGAAAGUUCUUCCUCCUGAGUUGAUGGUUAACGGCAACCAGUCUAGCAGUACGACGUCGUCGGGGGGACUCGUGAUAGACAACGCUUAUUCUUCUCCAGCGUCAGUCGCCAGCAACGAACAGAAUAAGUCUGUACUUAGAUAUGAAGUUCACUACACAGCUCCGGGAGAAACUCCACCAACUGGGACCAAAACUCCGCCGUCUGAACAUUUUUAUGAUGUACCACUAAUACGAUCAUGUCUUGAGUCACCCUCACCUUCUGAAGGUUUUCAUUUACUACCAACACAAAAGUCAUUAGGGGGUUCGUCGACCAGGUUUAGUAACAGCAGAAAAGGCGAAUCGUCUCCUGGGUCUUCUUUAGAAAAACCGCGAAGCUCAUCGCCCAACUCCUACAUCAGCGAAGCCACUUCUGGUUACUCUCAUCCGAGUGUGAACUCGGGAUCUGACGGCGCAUUCCCAGCAAUGUUACACUCUGAAACGCACCUCCACGUUCCCCACGGGGAGGGGACUGUGUGGGAGGAAUUUGGCUCCUCAGGGGGACGACUCAUUGUGCCGGAGUAUGGAGUUUCACUCACUGUACCGCAAGGGUCAAUCCCCCACGACAAGAAGUGUAAAUUAUAUCUUUCAGUGCUUCCAUAUGCGCACUGUCUUCCUAUGCAAACGGAGAGACAGACUUUAUUAAGCCCGUUAAUCUGGUGUGGCCCACCCGGCACGAAGCUGCUGAAGCCAGCAGUGCUAGCAUUCGAACACAGCGCCUCCCUGCAGCACGCAGCUUGGAAGCUUCACGUAUUUGCCGUCAAAAAUACAGCAAUUGGAAGCCAAGAGCAAGACUGGCAAAAAAUUAUAACGCUGGGGGAGGAGCGACUUGACACCCCAGUUUACACCCAGCUCGACGGGAACCAGGCGUUCCUGAUGAGCGACUGCCUGCAGCCGUACGCAGUAGUGGGUGAGAGCGCCGCGUCCAGCUCGGCCGUGAAGCUGGUGAGGGUGGUAGCGUCAGCACCACCUCCUGCCGCAGACGGGCAGCUCACCAUCACGCUGCACGUCAUACAGAACACCACCGCGCAUCUCAAGUACCUCACUCAGCAAGAGCGUAAACGUGGUGCGUGUCUGCUCGACAAGCCCAGGACGCUGAACUUGUUGGACUGCGGCUCCAACUUGGUUUUCUCCCUCGAUGAGGUCGCCACGGGGUGGAAAAUGACCCCUCGGCAUCACCACCAGGAAAUAUCGUUUGAGAGUUUAUGGAACUCCCCAAGCGGUGGAUCCGCAGAUUUCCCCAGCCUUUCGUUCCGUCUUGAGCGAAGCGACUCGCAGAUGCUGCUGGAGGGACGCUGCCCCCCGCUGUCGUGUCGCCUGGUCGUGCAGCAGAAAGGCUGCACGGCUGACAGACAAGUUAUUAGGAUCAACACUGACUUCCCUUACGCCCCUGUCACCGACUCUCCCGCCCACGUGGGGCUCAGAUCUGCGUCAGUGUCGGCGACGUUAAGCUCGAACGGUUCAGUUAACGUCGCAUCGUCGACGUCGUCGGGGGAGUGCGGGCCCGUACGUCUGCCUGCCCGCGUACGUCGCGAGCUCUGCCGCUGUCUCGACCCUCCUAACGCGCGCGGCAACGACUGGCGCAUGCUCGCCGCGCGUCUCAAUGUCGACAGGUACCUGAAUUACUUUGCGUGCAAGAACAGCCCUACUGAGCACAUCCUGGACCUGUGGGAGGCACGGCACCGGCAGGCGUCCGCAGUCACGGAUCUGUUGAACGUCCUGCGCGUCAUGGGCCGUCCUGACGCGGCCCACGUCCUCGAGACGCACACCGGACCCUGGAUAUGAAAAAGGCCAAAAAGGGCCAACUAUUGUUUGGCUCUUAGGAAAGUUUCUAGUCUCGGUCGCAGCAAGAACGAUCUGCGUUUGAGCUGCGGCAAAUCUAGGAUCCAAUUGAAAAACCAUACGAACGAUGACUUGAGUGAGAGUAAAUACUACAGCAUCAAGAGUGAUUUACUGAAAAAUUUUAUAGAUUCUACUGAAACUACUGUGUGAUAUUAUUUACCGAUGUAAUUAGAAUUUGCAAUCGAUGAAAAAUUUAAUAUAUGAACUUUUUUAGAAAUUCUGCUUGAUUGUUAAAAAAGAUGAAAAAUGAUUACUAAUAAAAGUUUUAGGGGUUCAUACGCGAAAGACUUGAAAAUCACAUAGUGUCCCCGAAUUCAUAAUUAGAUAGUGACACACUGGAUUGUUUUCGAGUGUUAUGAUCCUGUACCGCAAUCGAGCUCCGAAGAAUAAUGGUAAGAUAAAGUGGCAUCCAACGAGAGUUUUUUUUGCUUAUCCAAUAGGUUUGGAAAGAUGGAAAUAAGAAGUAUAGGGAAAUCAUAUAAUAAAACAUCGGAAGUUUAGUCCUCGUAAAAGAUCAAGAAAAAUUCGUUCAACAUUUACGGAAACCUGCAAUCGUGAAUUCCGAAGAGUGAUUUCAUUAUAAUUCCGUGUCGUGUAAAUGUCCAUGUUGAUCUAUGUUAAUCCAAAUAGUCUAUAAUCGAUCAUAUUGCCUAUGUUAGUGUAUAUAACAAUUGCGGUUUACUUUCAUACCAUGUAUACAAAUAGGGUAAAUGUUA